GCUCAGUGAACUUAUAGAUAACAAAAUAAUGCAACUCACAGUUUUAGGCGGAUCGGAAGCCCCUGCGGCGCUGAAAUCGUUCAGAUAAUAUAUAGUUAUAUCCACUAGAGUCUGCAACAUUGUACAGUUUACUCCCCGCACCAAGAAGCGAAAAACAUGAUGUAUUGUUAACCGAAAUCCGCGAACAAAAACAGCUGCUAUGAGCAAAAAAUCAACCAACUCCUCAGUUUGCGUACUUUUGCUAUAGUUGCGUGUAUUCGUAGGAAAAUCUAAGAAAAUCUAGGAAAAUUAAGGAGAGAGAGAGAGGGCGGAGAGAACGGGAAACCAAAUCAAAACAAAGCGAUUUGGGUUUAUUAUUCGAUUUCAGCACACACCCACGCAAAUGAAAUUAAUGGUGUGUUAAUGUCUUCGAAUUACUUGCGCUCGAUAAAAUCAAACAUCAACUUGUGACCGCCGAUGAAAAUGAAUAAAGUACAAAUGCACAACUGGCUGGCCUCACACGAUGGCGACGAGGAUGCGAUGGCGGCGCCAUCAUCCUGUCCCGCGUCCUCGGAGAACGGCAACCGACUGGAAUCGCGCCGAAUCUUUGGCGACAUAACCACCAACAGACUGUGGACCUUCCGGGUGCUGAUGAACCAGGAACUGGCGUCCAACGAGCAGCUGGCCAUUGUGGGUAACUGCGAGUCCCUGGGCAACUGGCAACACUCGGGAGCGGCGCUGUUGACCAAGAAUGAGGAGGACCAGGAUGAGUAUGGCAAUCUGUGGACAGGAGAGAUCUAUAUUCCGCGUCACUGUGACACGGAGUAUCGCUAUAUGGUCUGUGCCGUCGAUCCCGGCACGGAGCAGCUGGUGGUCCGUCGUUGGGAAACGCAUUUACAGCCCAGAAGAAUCAAGGAGCUGGAUGAGCAGCCUGCCAAGAACCAGAGUGACAUAUUUGGCUCGAUAAAUGGCCAGGAGAAGGUGGACCGCGGCUGGCUGACCAAGGAGACCCUGGUGCAGCUGAAGUUCUUUUAUGCGCCGUUCACGUUUAAGCAGCGCAUGAAACGAAGGCACAUCCAGGUCAAAGUGACGCCCAUGAACCUGAGUAUUCCGAGUGCCAGCUGUGAUGCCACGCUGCCCUCUUCCCCCAUGGAGGAUUCCUUGUCGAACGACACCCAUGAUACCAAGGAGAACGGCGGUGAAUCCUCCACAGCGUUUGCCUUUAGCGAGGUUGUCACCUUGAGUGCCGACGAGUGCGAAAUCAGAAGUCAGGAGCAGUUCGGCACCGGUUGUGGACCCACCGAUUUGGUUAUAUUCCACCUGACCGUCGGAGACUUCGAGAACACGGCCUAUCUGAUUGAUUUGUACAGCUACAGUUCCCGGGUGGCCAGGGAAGAUGGUCCACCGAAUCACCUGGGCUAUCAUUACGUGCUGCCCAAUCUUUUUAAGCGAUCUGAAGGCAACUUGGAGCUACCGAUUACCUGUGCCAAGGGCCAUCGACCUCUGGGAAUGAUGCGCCUUGGUUAUCUUAUCGUGAAGCCCUCAUCGCUGUGCGCGCUCAUGGACAUGAGUGUCAGCUAUGCCCGAUACUGGAACAACAAGUGGACGGGACUGGAUGUGGGCCACCGUGGUUCCGGUACCAGUUUCAAGGCCAAGGACGCUGUGAUUCGCGAGAACACUAUUACUUCGUUGAAGAAUGCCGCUGAGCAUGGUGCCGAUAUGGUGGAGUUCGAUGUUCAACUCAGCAAGGAUCUGGUGCCGGUGGUGUAUCACGACUUCAUGAUCUAUGUUUCCCUGAAGUCCAAGUGCAGUAUGCAGGAGCACGAUUUCCUGGCCCUACCGAUGCGAGAGCUGUCCCUGGAGCAGUUGAAGAAACUGAAGGUCUACCAUAUUGCUGAGGGUCUGUCCAGGGAGACGCGCUCGUUUCACAAUGAUGAUUGUUUGGAGCACCAGCCGUUUCCCCAGCUAUGCGACGUCCUGGAUGCCCUUGAUGUCCAUGUGGGCUUCAACAUUGAAAUCAAGUGGUCUCAGCGGCUGGAAGAUGGCAAAAUGGAGGAAGAAUUCGAGCAUGUGGUGGACAGAAAUCUCUAUAUCGAUUGCAUAUUGGAUGUCAUCCUACGAAAGGCAGGGAAUCGCAGGAUAGUACUGAGUUGUUUCGAUCCAGAUAUCUGCACCAUUCUGAGAUUCAAGCAAAAUCGAUACCCAGUCAUGUUUCUAACCCUCGGCAGGACUACGAAAUACCAGAAGUAUAUGGACCCCAGGGGCAACUCCAUGGAGCUGGCCGUGUGGCACGCGGUGGCCAUGGAGUUCCUGGGUGUUGUGGCACACACGGAGGACCUGCUGCGAGAUCCCAGUCAGGUGAAUCUGGCCAAGGAGCGUGGGUUGGUGCUGUUUUGCUGGGGCGACGACAACAACUCCAAGGAUACCAUCAAGCUGUUGAAGGAACUCGGGCUACAUGCCAUUAUCUACGACAAAAUGGAUGUCCUGACCACCAAGGAGGUCAAGCAAAGUGUGUUCCACCUUCAGGCCAAGGACAGCCAAAAGGAACUGCUCAAGUUGCAGGCCCUGGAAAUGGGGCAUGUGUGGCACACCUCUGCCGACGGCAACGAGGAGCAGCAGGCAUAGAAUCUGAAUAUCAAAACUGAGCGACUAUUUUAUACUCAUCUUUAUGUACGAAAAUACCGCCCUGCUAGGACCAAAACUUA